AUGCCUUCACCAACCAUCGCGUCGAAUGUGGCGUGUGCCGUGCUUCAAUGGUUUGAGAGCUCUUCGCAGUGUCAGAAGAAGAUUCCUGCUUCAACAUGGACUGUACUAGCCGGUAUUGUGUUGCACACGCGUUCUCCUCCCUCAUCUACGCCAGACGCAGUGUCCACCGACACAUUCCGAGUGUUGACAGCUGCUACAGGUAACAAAUGCCUUGGGCGAUGUGAUCUGAACGUUGAUGGUCUCGUAGUCAACGACUGCCACGCUGAAGUGCUGGCAAGACGUGCAUUGCUUCGCUAUUUGUACGUUGAAGCACUUCAUUGGAAAGAAAACGAACUAGAAUCAAACAAGCAGUCGAUCUUCGAGUGCCAUUUGACGUCGCAUCGACUGGUGCUCAAGCCACAGCAUUCGCUGCAUCUCUUCAUCAGUGAAGCGCCUUGUGGAGAUGCAGCCAUCUACGAAUUGCGUGAAGAAACUGUCGACCAGCUGGUGCAACAACGAGCAGCAAAGAGCAACAUCACGAACAACGAGGCUAGAAUCCAGGUAGAGCAUCGUAGUGAAUUGCGAAUAACAGGGGCCAAGAGACCGAGCGACCGAGACACUUUACUGCCGGAUAAACGUUUUGCACAGACAGCUGGUGUUGCUCGUGUAAAAUCAGGCCGAUCAGAUCUACCUCUAGAUAAGCAGACACUGUCCAUGAGCUGCUCCGACAAACUAGCCAAAUGGAACGCACUAGGGUUGCAAGGCUCCCUCUUACUGCAAUGGUUUGAGCCAGUCUUUUUGAACUCUAUCGUUGUAAGCAGAGAUGAUAAAGCGAUGUCAGUGGCGAAGCAGGAACAGGCCCUCCGACGCGCUGUGUACACACGACUGGAACAACGUGGUGUACUGAUAAUGGGAGUGCCGCUAUCCUCUUGUAAAGCCUGCGUUGUCUCCAAUAUUCCUCAAUUCAGUCGCCGACGAAUACCCUUCCGAGCCCCAUCCAGUCUAGCGCUUGUUUGGACCAUCCAGGAAUCCUAUUGGACCCUGAAGCAGAAACUGACGUCCGAAAAACUGACGUCCAAAUCAUUGGAUGAAGUUAAAUUUGCAGGGAAGUUCUUUCACACCUUUGAGAUAGAGUUUCUCAUGGCCGCGACUGGGCUCAAGCAGGGCGCCAAGAAAGCGUCAAAAAUGAAUCAGGCUGCCAUGGAAAGAGUUGCUUCACGCUUGUCAAAGCGAUACUUGCUUCGUGCAUUUCAUCACGUUCUUGGACAGCAUUUGCUUUCAGACACAGAGUAUAUUCAGCUCAAGCAGAAAGUUCCUUUGCACGUAUGGUCGACGGCAGCACCUUCUACGCUUUCAGCACCAACACCUGUCGUUGCCUACAAUGAUCGGCGCAAGCAUUUUUUUGCAGCAUUUAGUGAUUGGAUUGGGGUCCCUACAAAGUUCAAGCAGUUCAAACUGUAA